AUGCUUUUCUCUAUCUUUUUGGCUCUGCUUUUCACUCUCUUUAUGGCUCAGUUUUUCUCUCUCUCUCUCUCUCGCUAUGACUAUGCUUUUAUCUCUCUUUAUGGCUAUGCUUUUCACUCUCUUUAUGGCUCUGUUUUUCUCUCUCUCUCUCUGACUAUGCUUUUCUCUCUCUUUAGGGCUCUGCUUUUCUCUCUCUUUAGGGCUCUGCUUUUCUCUCUCUUUAUGGUUCUGCUUUUCUCUCUCUUUAUGGCUCUGAUUUUCUCUCUCUUUUUGGUUCUGCUUUUCUCUCUCUUUAUGGCUCUGAUUUUCUCUCUCUUUUUGGCUCUGCUUUUCUCUCUCAUUAUGGCUCUGAUUUUCUCUCUCUAUGUCUCUGCUUUUCUCUCUCUUUAUGGCUCUGAUUUUCUCUCUCUUUAUGGCUCUGCUUUUCUCUCUCAUUAUGGCUCUGAUUUUCUCUCUCUAUGUCUCUGCUUUUCUCUCUCUUUAUGGCUCUGA